AUGGCUUCCAGCUUCCCUGUGCGCCAAAUUCCGGCCUUGUUCGCCAGGCGGCAAGCACGCGUACUAGGUACCACCAGACGCCUGGCAUCUUCCUCUGCCACCCAGACCCAGAACCCCGCCUACCCGCUGUACCCAUCCGUUAUCCAGCUCCUCCACGAGAAGGGCAUCCCAGAAUCGGAAGUCUCGAAGAUCCCGGCAUCUGGCCCCAAGGGCCGUCUUCUCAAGGGCGAUGUCCUUGCCUACCUCGGCACCAUCCCAGCUGAUUAUCCCGCCUCCCAAGCAGCACGGUUUGAUAAGCUUGCCCACCUCGAUCUGAGCAACAUCAAGAUCGCUGCGCUCCCCAAGCCUAAGCCCACUGAGCCAGCACCAGUGGCCGAGGAGCCAGUCGUUAGACCCCCACCAACUACCUCGGUAGCCGUCUCGAUCUCCCUCGCUACUGUGCUAUCCGUCCAGAAGAAGAUCCAAGAGACCCUGGGUGUCAACGUGCCUCUUUCGACAUUCCUCGCCCGCGCUACAGAUCUGGCAAAUGAUGACCUUCCCCGUUCGUCGCGCGAGAAGCGGUCAGCAAACGAGCUGUUCGAGGAGGUUCUUGGUGCAAAGCCCAUUCAGACAUCCCGAGGCGAUUAUAUCCCUGAGUUAAACACAGUUGAAGCGCCCUCCGUCCAAACGGCCCAGCCCAUAAAGGAAGAUAUCAUUGAUAUUCUCAGCGGCAAGGUUUCUAAAGCUAUGACUCAGCCAUCAGUGGCGGAGACUUCGGCUGGUGGCGCCGCAAAUGUCUUCAGUGUGACUGUUCCUCUUGAAGAAGAGAAGAGGGCUAAGGUUUUCUUGGACCGUAUUAAGACUCUCUUGACCGUUGAGCCAGGCCGGCUGGUCCUAUAA